AUCAGCUGUGCCACCAAAAAAAAGUUUCGUAAAAACUGCGUAGAAAAAGCAGCCGUUUGGAUCGAAUUGAAAUGAAAUCUAGUCUGCCGGAUCUUAUAAUUAGCUUGUAGCAAACAACCAUACAAAAUUCCUCGUAACAUUCUAACGGGCAUAGGAGACCCAGAGCCCACAGAGUCCAAACAGAGCGGAUCUCCUCCAGCCGCCAGCGAAAGUGAGUUACCUUGGGAUUCGGAUCGGAAAUAGCAUCGAUUGCCAGCGGAUUCUACGCAUUUGAAUAGAAGCCUUGUGAUAUAAUAAUGUCGCGCUCUCUGAGUCGCGUACUGAUCAAUGGGUCGACCUAUCGACUUCGCGAUCUCCUCAGCGGCCAGCCCACCACUCAGUCCAGAUCCACCAUCAUUAUCCCAGUGGCCAACUACUCCAAGCGCAAUGGACCGCCCUCGGAUGCGGGCGAGUCGUUUAAAACGGUCUCCAAGUCGCGUAACCUCGAUGGCGACGAUGAGCUCAACAGCCUGGAGAGCGAACCCAAUUGGGAGCUGACGUCGGCCAGGAGCCAUCGCUUCUACCUGCCCAAUGCCACCGGACCCGCCUGGCAGGGCGAAAACACCACCAUCGGCCUGCUGACCCCGCUCGACCAGCUGGUCAACUUCCUCAAGGAGGCCAAUGCGGACAAGGCGCGCCUGGAGUUCGCCUGCUGCCAGUGCCCCCAGCUCCUCCGCGAGUCGCUCGUGGAGCUCUUCCCCGUGCGCGUCGUUGCGCAGCGGGACACAGCCAUCACCAUGCUUGUCCUGAGCUACGAGGGCGACAUCGAAAUGGGCGCCGCCAAGUUUGUGCUGGCUGCGCGGGACAUGUGCGAUCGCCUGCUGUCGCUGGGCUACUGGGCCGACUUCCUCAAUCCGUUCAGCGGACGACCCUUCUUCAUGCCGAGUCGGGACGGGUCCAGACUGUACAAGCAGGACCACCGCUUCCGUGGGCUGAACAUGCGACUGUCACAGCAGAACCACUGCACCGUGAUUGCCGCCGAGGAGAACGAUCGCACACACUUCUCGGGCACCAUCUACUGCACGGCACCGAAUCAGUACGACCAGCUGGUGGAGCUGCUGGUGCCGCCACAGUCGCGAUCGCCCAAUGUGCCCCAAUGACAUGGAUGAGGGCAUCCGAGCUGGAAUUGCAGACGCAGACGCAGCCGCAGACGAUGUAGUUAAAGCCUUUUAGUGAUGAUGACUGUGUUAACUGUUUAGGUUUUCUGUUCCGACACUGUAUAUAGCCGCGACAAAUGCUUGUGUGUGUGUGUUAUAUAUGCUGCGAAAUAUAAUCGAUAAGAAUGUUGA